UCCUUCCAGGGACACAAGUCAAGAUAUAUUGAGGACAUCAUGAAUUGGAAUAAAGGUGGACCUGGUACUAAGAGAGGCUUUGGUUUUGGUGGGUUUGCCAUAACACCUGGAAAGAAAGAGGAGCCUAAGCUCUCUCAACAGUCUCAUAGUGCUUUUGGAACAGCCGGUUCUUCUGCUGCAUUUGCGAAAUCAGGGCCUCCUCAGCUGCCUUCUUUCUACAAAAUUGGGUCAAAGCGAGCAAAUUUUGAUGAAGAGAACGCGUAUUUUGAGGAUGAAGAGGAAGAUUCCAGCAAUGUCGAAUUGCCAUACAUUCCCGCAGAGAAUUCCCCCACUCGCCAGCAGUUUCAUUCCAAAUCAGCAGACUCUGACAGCGAUGAUGAUCCUCUGGAGGCAUUCAUGGCUGAAGUGGAGGAUCAAGCUGCUCGAGACAUGAAGAGACUUGAAGAUAAAGACAAAGAAAAAAAGAAUGUUAAGGGUAUUCGAGAUGACAUUGAAGAGGAAGAUGACCAAGAAGCUUAUUUUCGCUACAUGGCUGAAAACCCCACUGCUGGUGUGGUCCAAGAAGAGGAAGAGGAUAACCUGGAGUAUGAUAGUGAUGGGAAUCCAAUUGCACCGUCCAAAAAAAUCAUUGAUCCUCUUCCACCUAUUGACCAUUCAGAGAUUGAAUAUCCACCGUUUGAGAAAAACUUCUAUGAUGAGCAUGAGGAGAUCACCAGUCUCACCCCGCAGCAAGUGGUGGAGUUACGUCAUAAGCUAAAUCUCCGGGUCUCCGGUGCUGCUCCUCCGAGGCCUGGCAGUAGUUUUGCUCAUUUUGGGUUUGAUGAGCAACUUAUGCAUCAAAUUAGGAAAUCCGAGUAUACCCAGCCCACUCCUAUACAGUGUCAGGGUGUUCCAGUUGCACUAAGUGGCAGAGAUAUGAUUGGGAUAGCUAAGACUGGAAGUGGAAAAACAGCAGCCUUCAUCUGGCCAAUGUUGAUUCACAUCAUGGAUCAAAAAGAGCUUGAACCAGGGGAUGGUCCCAUUGCAGUGAUCGUAUGCCCGACCAGAGAGCUUUGCCAACAGAUCCAUUCUGAAUGUAAGCGCUUUGGUAAGGCAUAUAACCUGCGCUCCGUAGCUGUAUAUGGAGGAGGAAGCAUGUGGGAGCAAGCCAAAGCCCUCCAGGAGGGGGCAGAGAUAGUUGUCUGCACACCAGGUCGUUUAAUUGAUCAUGUGAAAAAGAAAGCUACAAACCUUCAAAGAGUCACUUACCUUGUGUUUGAUGAAGCUGACAGAAUGUUUGAUAUGGGUUUUGAAUAUCAGGUCAGAUCAAUUGCUAGCCACGUACGUCCUGACAGACAGACCCUCUUGUUCAGUGCCACUUUCCGUAAGAAGAUUGAGAAAUUGGCUCGAGAUAUUCUGAUUGAUCCAAUUCGAGUUGUGCAGGGAGACAUUGGAGAGGCAAAUGAAGAUGUUACUCAAAUUGUGGAGAUUUUCCCCUCUGGCCCUAGCAAAUGGAACUGGCUGACUCGACACCUCGUGGAGUUCACGUCCUCUGGGAGCGUUCUCCUGUUUGUCACCAAGAAGGCAAAUGCAGAAGAGCUGGCCAAUAACCUUAAGCAGGAGGAUCAUAAUCUGGGGCUGCUUCAUGGUGACAUGGACCAGAGUGAGAGGAAUAAAGUCAUUUCAGAAUUCAAGAAAAAGGGGAUCCCGAUACUGGUAGCUACUGAUGUGGCAGCUCGUGGGUUAGAUAUUCCUUCCAUUAAGACUGUGAUCAAUUAUGAUGUGGCUCGGGACAUAGAUACGCACACCCAUAGAAUUGGUCGUACUGGCAGAGCAGGCGAGAAGGGAGUUGCCUACACUCUGCUGACUCCCAAAGACAGUAACUUCGCGGGUGAUCUUGUCAGAAAUCUGGAAGGCGCUAAUCAACAUGUUUCCAAAGAGCUGUUGGAUCUAGCAAUGCAGAAUCCAUGGUUCCGGAAGUCACGUUUCAAAGGAGGAAAAGGCAAGAAGCUGAAUAUUGGUGGUGGUGGCUUAGGAUACCGUGAACGUCCUGGUCUGGGAUCAGAAAAUUCUGACCGUGGAAACAACAACAGCGUGAUGAGUAACUAUGAGGCAUACAAGCCAUCCACUGGGGCAAUGGGAGACAGACUUACGGCAAUGAAAGCAGCUUUUCAGUCCCAGUAUAAGAGCCACUUCGUUGCUGCAAGCUUAAAUAAUCAAAAGACUGGUAGCUCUGCUGCUGGUGCUAGUGGCUGGACCAGCGCUGGGAGCUUGAACUCAGUACCGACGAGUUCAGCGCAGCAAAAUGCCGCAAAUCCUGACAGCCCAAUUGCAGCCGCCGCAGCAGCAAAGGGUGUUCCAGGUUUCACCAGCACGGGGAAUUUGAGUAGCGUUCCCACCUUUCCAAGUGUCGGCGUACAGGGCUUCAACAACACAAACGCCAGCACCAACAAUCGAGAAGGCGGCGGCGGCAGCACCGGCGUUGCUGCAGGCGGCGGUGGUGGCGGCAUUGUCAGAGAACGAUACAACGACAACCGGAACAGUCGCCACAAUGAGGUCCCGCGCCGUGGAGAGGGUGGUGGUCGCUACAAUGAUGUGCAACGCCAUGGAGAAGGAGGCGGUCGCCACAGUGACGCUUACCGCCACGGAGAGGGCCGACAUGGCGACAACCAUCGCCACGGUGAAAGCCGGCACUUCGCUGAUGUGGGCAGUGGCAAUCGCAAUAAUGGUGAUAGCAGGAAUAGCAACGAAGGUAGGAACAACGAGAACAGGAAUGGUGAGAACAGGAAGGAUGCCAACAGCCGAGACAACAAGACAGAUGGUUUUGCUGUCCCAGAGCCCCCAAAACGUAAGAAGAGCCGGUGGGACAGUUAAAAGCUGGUGUUUCACAGCCUGGAAUCUCUGCAGGUAAGGAAGAACUCUUUUGUUGAAACAUGUCAGCACCCACCUCUGUCUUGUUUCUACUGAAAGAAGUAUCAGAAACUGUCAGGGUUUUGUGACAUUGUGAUGUUUUCUUUAUCAGCUGUGCAUUUACUUUCUGCUUGCUCUAGUAAAUGUUUUAUUACUGGGACAAAAAUAUCUAGCAUGUGCUUUUUAUUCUCCACUUCUUCCUUUGGCUGAUCUGGCAUUUGGAUGGAGAUUUGACUGGCUGGAGAUUUGACUGCGUCCCUUCCUUUCACCAGCAGUUGUGGAUGUAGUCGAUAAAAGACUUCCUGUGGUUUUCCUCGGUAUCUUUCACCUCAGACUGUUUUGCAAACCCUAUUUUAGCUUCAAAGCCUCCCGGGGAAUAGAUUUUCCUCCGUUUUGCAAGUGGGAAGGAUACAGCCCAGGGCACGUUGCUCAUCCCAGCCUUUCAUGGAGUCAUUGGUAGAGCUGGAAAGAGAACUCGGCAACAGCCUUGUGAUCUGACUUGCAUGUGUACUGGUUUCAGUUAAGACAGCAACUUGAUAAUUCGGGACCCCUCACUAACUAGCUCUAACCUGCUGGGAUUUUUUUUAAGAAUAGCUUCCACUUGAAUUACCUAAUCAUGGUCUAGGCAGAAACCUCAUUGCGCGGUUUGAGCUCUGCAUAUUUAGUAUUAAGACAAGGAUUUUCCAGGGCAGAUGUGGCAGGGGGUUUAGGAGCAGCUAACGGUUGAGUUCCCCUUUCCUUAUCACAUUUAAGGUUU